GAGAGUUGUUUUACCAGCUCUAGCCUCUAUGUGACUGCGCUCACAGGGAAAAAAAAAAAAAACCCUCUUAUUUGGCUCUGUCAAAAUUAAGAAUCCUCAAUAAAUCUCAAAGAAAAAAUGGAAGACAGCGCAGAGUUGGAGUCGAUCCUGCCCUAUCUACCGUUAGUAAUUGGAUCUUCGAGGCGACUGUUAUGGCCAUCGAAAGUGGUUGAGGCUCUGGAGGCGAUGUCCAGAGGUCCUGAUCACAGCCUAGUCAACUGUGGCGAAGUCCUCUCCAUCGCCAUUUCCGACAUGAGAGCUUCUCUUUCCCUCGCUGACCCUCUCGCUCUCUCUGCCCCCCUAGGCUAUGCCCUCUUCUUUGAUGAGCUCAUGUCCGGGGCCGACUCCAGAAAAUGGUUUGCGGAGGAUAUUCCAAAAUUAGCCAAUCUGCUAUUGCGGUUGCCUUCCCUUUUAGAGGUUCACUAUCAGAACUCGCGGGCUUAUGGAUACGGUCUCCGCAUCUUGGGUCCGCAGCAACCUGGCAUGGUGCUUCUCUCCCAGGAGUUGAUUGGCGCUCUACUUGCAUGCUCUUUAUUUUGUUUGUUUCCAAUCUCUAAUAGAGGUCUUAAACAUCUGCCAACCAUCAACUUUGAUCAAUUGUUUGCGAGUCUCUAUGACAGUUACAGUGAGAGCCAAGAAAACAAAGUGAGGUGCAUUAUCUGCUAUUUCCAAAGGAUAUGUUUGCAAAUGCCGACAGGAUCUGUCUCGUUUGAGCGCAAGCUUCUCUCUUUAGAACAUCAUCCUUGGCAAUCAUUCCUCUCUUAUCCGUAUGCUGAUUUUUGGACCAAAUCAACUAUCCCCCUCUGCCCUUUUCAGGUCCACAGCUCAGGCUUGAUAGAAGAUCACGCUAUUGAGGCUCUUGAAGUGGAUUUUGCUAAUAAAUAUCUUGGUGGUGGUGCUCUACAUAGGGGCUGUGUGCAGGAAGAAAUUCGUUUCAUGAUCAAUCCUGAAUUGAUUGCCGGCAUGCUUUUCUUGCCUUCCAUGGCAGACAAUGAAGCUAUAGAAAUUGUUGGAGCAGAGAGGUUCUCUGACUAUACAGGAUAUGCCUCUUCAUUUCGGUUUUCUGGUGACUAUGUGGACAAAAGGAGUGUUGACUUUCUUGGAAGACGAAAAACCAGAAUUGUUGCUAUAGAUGCUUUGUGCAGUCCAAGAAUGAAACAGUACAAACUGAAAUACCUUAUUCGGGAGACUAAUAAGGCAUUUUGUGGCUUUUUGGAUCAAUCAAAAUAUAGCCAGUACAAGAGAAUAUUCAAGAUGAACUCAGUGCAGUUAAAUGAAGGUUCUUCUCUGCCUAUUAAAGCUAAAGGAGAAUCCAGGACAGAGGAAGUCAGAAAGUCUGAUGAGAAAAGUUGGCGCUUAGAGGACUGUGAAAAUUAUAUCGGGAUAGCAACGGGAAAUUGGGGCUGUGGUGCAUUUGGAGGAGAUCCUGAAGUGAAGACCAUAAUUCAGUGGCUUGCUGCUUCUCAGGCUUUAAGACCUUUCAUUUCAUACUACACUUUUGGUCUGGAGGCACUGCAAAGUCUUGCUCAGGUGACUCAGUGGAUUAUAUUGCAGAAAUGGAAUGUUGGAGACCUUUGGAACAUUUUGAUAGAAUAUUCAUCCCAGAAAUUGAGGGGAGAAGCAGACGUUGGCUUUUUUGCUUGGCUUCUUCCUUCAUUGCCGAAAUAAUAUAAUGUAAUUUGUUAUGCUUUAAAUGAUUGAUUCUUUCUUUUCUGCUGUUUGUGUAAGUUUAGUUAUGUAUAUCUGCUGUGUGGUGCCUCCCUAGUCCCUAACUAUUUUUUAGCAUGUCUUUUUGUAUUUGACUUAUGGCUCCUAUCUGUAACAUGCCUUUCAGUUCAUUCAUUGCUAGGAUGUAAAUUGUAUUCUAAGGAGCUAUUCAUCUGCACCAAUUUCAUUUACCAUCAAAGAUGUUCUUUUCUCAAAA